AUGGGCGCUGAAUGCGGUGGAUGCGGGUACGUGCGCAACCGCUACUACGAGAAAGGCACGAGCCAACAAGAGGUCAACAUAACAAUCGCAGAGGAGGAGGGCGAGGCUGAGCGCCACCAGAGGCUCCGCGCAGAUAAGGUCACAGGAGAGUGCAAGUUCGUCCACACUGAGGCAGUCAAUACAAAGUCCAAGACCAGCGUUGAGAAGCAAUCGUUUAGAGAGGCGGCCGAGGAGGGUACCUGCAAUCCGUUGAAGGAGUUCGCGAGGAUCAAGGGGCUCAGUUUCCCGGCCGAGAACCAACUGGAGGAGUACAUCACCAAGACCAUGGGUUUCGAGAUCGAGGAUGCCGACGGCGGGCGGGUCGUCGUCCAACCAGAUUUGCCAGCAGGGUCGCACAGGUACAGGCACGGCAAGAGAGACGUCGCAAAACAGAUGGUCGUGGAGGGGCACGUUGACCAGGCAGCGGCUGAACGGCGCCACGCAGAGAAUAUGCAAGAGGGUGCCCUUGGCAAGCCUGAGCGCCGCGUCUUGAGCAAGACGUCCUCCCCGCCAGUUGCGACCCACCGCCCGAUUCCGAGGAGCCAGCAACCCCUGUCGGGCUCCUGGUCCUGGUCCUUGCCCAAUGAAGCCUUCGACGAGGAUCCUGAUCAUGACCAUGACAUUGCUAGACUGAGCGACGUGGACUCCAGUAUCGCAAGCUCGACGAUCCGCACGCCCGCGCCCAAGGCCCCUCAAAGGGUGGAGCGCUGCCUCCUGUCGGCGGGAGGGGGGCGCAAGAGGAAGCGCAUUUCUGAAGGUGACCUGUCCGCCGCCGAGGCAGCAGAAGCAGCGCUGAACGAUGCGGAUGAGUACUUCUCGGCUGACAUCCUGUGGAGCGGGAAGUACAAGAAGAGGGGCUUCGAGAACCAGCGCACGAAGCUGGCUGCCAAAGCAGCCAAAGCAGCAGCCUCCGUCGGGGUGGCCGACUCGGCGGAGGUGUCAGAGAAGCUCUUCAAGAAAAGCGUAGACAUUUACACGACGAAGGAGACCCUGGAUCUGUUCAAGGAUCGGUCGCAGGAUUUCGUGGAGAAGCUGGACGACUUGCCAGGCAAGUUCAACGACAUCUUCAAGUCCUGCUCCCAAGGGACCCAAGCCAACAUGCUGUCGAGCACCGUGUUCACCUUGCUGUCGACGGGUGACAUUGCCAACGAGGUCAUGGCCCUGAAGGUGGCGAAGUACGACGACUGCUGCGACCACUUCUCGGUGGCGACCCUGGCGAGGUCUGGGUGCUCGGAGGCUUUUGUGUCGAGUUGCCAGGUGAACCUCGUGGUGGGCUUCAUCGACAAGAUGAUCAAGAAGCCCAAUCGCGACGACUUCGUCAAGCUGAUGAAGUCUUGCGAGUGCACGGUUGGGAAGGGCAAGAUCAGCAACCGCCUUCAGUGCUACAUGAAGGUGUCGGGCGGUAACGUCAGCCAUGCCAAGGUCGCCUGGGAGCGCAUCCCGAUUCCAGGGCGCGGUGAGGGAAACGGCGCAUCCCUGGCGGACAACGUCGUCAACGAUGUGGUGAAGUGCGUGCACGAGCUGGAGAAGUACGUCAACGUCGAGGAGCAAGACAGCGCCAGCGCAGUGGAACGUACUUUCUCGGCGCUCCAAGACGUCAUCAUGUCCAACUCCGCGGCAACGUUCAGCAAGUACAUGGACACCGUCGACGACGAGGGCGACCACGAGGGCCAGCAGCUCUACAAGCUCAAGGACGACUUGGUGUCGAACAUCUUCCGCGCGCAGCAGGUCGUCGUCGAUUUCUCGGGCGGGCUCGCUGGUUUCGUGGGCUCCAUCUUCAGCGAUGACUUCUCGAGCUAUGUGGACGUGGCCUCCGACUUGCAUUCCGAUGCAAAUAUCUUCAUCAUCGCCAUUGGCGCCGCGAACACCUUGCUGCAGUUCGACAUCCCUGCGGCGGAGAGGGCCGUCCUCAAGGAGGCCUCGCAGCGCUGCGAGGUCGCAGUGAAAGUCUGCGAAGCGAAUGCCCACACCGCGAAGAGGUGCGACGAGUCCAGGCUUGCUUCGUGGUCGGAGAUUUGGGAGUUAGAAUCGAAAGUGCAGGUCGCGCCAAAGGCGAAUUCUGAGAGCAGGGCACAUCCAUUUCAAGAGAUCGUCGAUUGUAUUUCGAAGAUGUCGUCGAAGGGCGUGAUCCUCUCCGUGGUCAGGUCAAUCGUGGGAUCACCGAAAUGCGAGCUCGCAGCUCAGAACUUCUUCUUCGUCAUUGCCGAGCUCAUCGGGGCCUUGCCUCCAGAGGUUAGCGCGCUCGCCGAGUCGGCGAAGGCGUGCAGGUCCAUCAAGGUCACUGCGGAACAGGUGCUCGCAGGCAAGGCCGUCGGGUGCAUGCAAAGUACCAGUGCCCUGCGUCUCGUCGAGUCGCUGAUCGAGCCAGUGUCCACCAAGACCGAGGUGCAGGAGUGGAGAGUGGCGCUCCUGGAGCAGUGGGGCACCUCGUUCCAAGAGCUAGUGGAGAAGCUCGGCCCGAUGUGCAUGACAGCCUUCAUCAGGAAGUACAGGGAUCAGGAGAACAUUAUCGGUCUCGUCCAGGCCUGGACGUUCGACCAGAACAUGUGGCUGGCGUCGAGUGAAAAAGACCCGAAACGCAAUGCAGAAUUCCAGCAGGUCGAGGCGUUCAUGUCAGCUCUUCCCUCCGCUGCUCGCAUCAUUGACGAGCUUGCGAAGGUUUCCUUGCAGUGGAUUUCGGAGUCCCAGUCACGUAGGCUCAAGAGUCUCAUCGAAGAUCUGCCGGCCAUCAUUUCUACCUUUAAAAAAGGAGCCACGCUUAUGUCUACAGUGAUUCUCACGAACGCCGUACUUGUAGGUAAGUCUGUUUGGACAUCUAAAAGAUACAUAUCUGAGCGGCUUGGUGUCACCGUCGAGGAGCUGCCUCCGACUUUGCAGGCUAAGCUGAGCGAGCGCGAGGCUGCCGCCGCGGAUGGCGCCUCCACGAGCGCCGCUGCGCAGCCAGCAGCAUCGCACAGUGCGAGCGCUGCGGGUGCGAGCGCGCCACCAGCGGCAGAGACCGCUGCGAGCGCGAAGCCUAAGCUGCAGUUGAAGCUGAAAAAGAAUCCCAUCACCUUGACAUUCAGCAACAAGACGGGCUCCAGCAUUACGACGUUGAGCAGCUUGAUGGGCAACAGCAGCCCGUUCCAG